AAUUCCGGCUUGGAUCAACUGUGGUAAAGCGCUUAUUUCAACUUGGCCAUCUUGUCUGUGUACUUCACUUGUCACAGUCUCAAAUAUCAACACCAUGUCAAAGAAGAGGGGAUUAAGCCUUGAAGAAAAAAGAACAAGGAUGAUGGAAUUUUUCUUUGAAAAGAAAGACUGUUUCCAGUUAAAGGAACUAGAAAAACAAUGUCAAAAAGAGAAAGGGAUCACCUCAAUGUCAGUAAAAGAUGUUCUUACCAGCCUUGUUGAUGAUGCUAUGGUGGAUACAGACAAAAUAGGAACUUCAGUUUACUUUUGGGCUUUUCCAAGUAAAGCCAGUCAAAAUGCUGACAGAACCCAGGUCCUUGCAGAUCUAUCCAGAGCUCAAGAUGAAAGAGACAAAUUGCGAUUAGAAGUUGAUAAAUAUAAAGAAUGUGACCCAGAAGUUUUAGAAGCUAUGAAGAAAGAGGCACUUAUUGCCAAAGAAGCUGCUAACAGAUGGACAGAUAAUAUCUUUGCCACAAAAUCUUGGAUCAAAAGAAAAUUUGCUUUUGAGGACAGUGUAAUUGACAAGCAAUUUGGAAUACCAGAAGACUUUGACUAUUUAGAGUAAAAUUUAAAACUGUCAAUAUCCAGUAGAGAACAGUUCAUUGAAUAUUUCUUUCAUCAGAUGCCUAAGUUACACAAAAAGCACAGAAUAAACCUUGAGACUUUCUUAAUAAUUUAUUCUGUCCUCUAAUCAGUUUAAACACAUUUAAUCUGUAAUGCAAAACCUGACUGUUCCAUACCCUCUACCAGGGCGACAGAUUGAUUUUUCACAAGAUAUUCACAGAUAAGUCUCUAGAUAAACAGACAGACAUUUGGCUCUGUCACCCCAUGCUACAAUCUCAAGGCUGAUUACAUGGCUGGUAAUUGUUUGCAUAACUGCGCAGGCACUGCCACUUAACAGACCCAAUCUAAGUACCCUUGACAGCAAUAAAGACAGUGAAUCGCUUUGACCUUAAUCACUUUCUCUUUAGUGACAGAUAAAAUUAGCCCCUUAGUAACAGCUUGUUACUUCAGAUUGAAGUUAACUGAGGAAUAUCCUGUAGUAGCUCCCUACAGAGUGGGCACACUGCUAUAUGCGUGCAGGCAGAUUAAAUUGCUUUCCUCUGGCCAAAAGCCACAGGGUGCUGUUUUCAAGAUUUCCCUUUCAUAUCUGCCACCCUAGUAGAGGGUAACUGAUCCAUCUUCUAGUCUGAGGGAAUAUAUGGCCACAACUACAUGUACCCUGCUUUAGGAAGGGUGAAUGCAAGUGAAUAAUCACUGCAUACCAAGGGUGGAAUGUUCCAACAUGCUGACUGGUUCCAAUCACAAUACACAUCUCUAGUAUUAGUGUAAAUUACUUAUAAGUCAUGGAAAAAUAAAAACAAAUAGCAGUAUUUAUAAAACCUUCCAAACAAUUCAGGAAAUUUACAAUAUCCUGAAACUGAACCUGUAAAUCAAUUUGGCUUAAUGCACAGUAAAUUACCACAUUAAAAUUAAGACAUAAAUUGCCUAUUCUAAUAUACAAGAAAUUAAUGAGUACUGUUAUUUUUGCUUUGGCACUUGAAAGAACUAUCUUGGGUUAUUAUUAAAUGAGUAUUUUUUAUUUGAAACAUAUUGAAAUUUUAAUAUGAUAUGCACAUUUUAUUCAUUUAAAUUACAAAUGGUAACAAACACUUUCACACAUUACACCAAAUAAUCUGGGACUGAUCAAAAGUUUGGCCCCUGGGAGGUACAAUGCUACUGUGGAAUUCAUUUCAAAACAGUGUCACCUGCUUUAAAUAUAUAAUAUAGUAAAUAUAUGCACCAUGUUUGUUUUGCACUCUUUUUAAUGGCGAAAGGCUGCCACAGCAUGUUGAGACAGUUUUUGGAAAUGCCCUCAUUGCUGUUGAGUCCUCCUGUUGGGCCGUAUAGGUCGAUAUAGAUACACAGCCACAAUUACAUACAAUGCUGCCAAGCCCAGAAGCACUCCUAGUG